UGUCUACAGAAGCUUCUACAUUCUGGAACUUAUGUUACUACAGAGAAGUGAUGCCUACUUCCCUAGGUUCAUCUUCUCACUGUUGGCCUGCUGAACUCUGAGCUGUGGCUUCAGUAAAUGAAUGAAUAUAAAGUUCCCCUUAAUGACUUGGAGCUGCUAAAUAUAUCCUUAUGGAGGGGAAAGGGCAAGGGGGCAAGCGAGCAGCUGGAGGUAGAGGUGGAAAGUUCUCAGGUUCCUUAAGAAGGAUGAGCGGGUCCUUUAAACGCACAUCUCUAAAGGGCUCUUCAUCUGGAUCCCAAAAGGGUCAAAAGGCUUGGAUAGAAAAGACAUUUUCUAAGCGAGAAUGCAUUUAUGUACUUGCCAACAGCAAAGACAGCAACAGGUGUUGCUGUGGCCAGCUACUUACUCAACACAUCCCAGUUCCUCAAAAUGCUACGGGUAACAAGAAUGGAGAAGAGUGCAAGCAGCUGGAAGCAGUGCCUGAAAAAUGGUCAAUCAGUAAACACACUCAGCUUAGCCCUACAGAUGCUUUUGGAAUUCUGGAGUUCCAGGGGGGCGGGCACUCCAACAAGGCCAUGUAUAUUCGCGUGUCCUAUGAUUCAAAGCCUGACUCUUUGCUUCACCUCAUGGUAAAAGAAUGGCAACUGGAACUUCCAAAGCUUCUAAUUUCAGUGCACGGGGGGCUUCAAAAUUUUGAAAUGCAGCCCAAGUUGAAGCAAGUAUUUGGGAAAGGCCUAAUCAAAGCUGCCAUGACUACUGGGGCCUGGAUAUUCACUGGAGGAGUAAGUACAGGAGUUAUACGCCAUGUUGGAGAUGCCUUGAAAGACCAUUCUUCCAAAUCCAGGGGAAGAAUAUGUGCCAUAGGAAUUGCACCAUGGGGGAUUGUAGAAAACAAAGAGGACCUUAUUGGAAAAGAUGUAACAAAACCUUACCAAACAAUGUCAAACCCCCUUAGUAAACUUUCUGUGCUAAAUAGUAGUCAUACACAUUUCAUCCUAGCUGAUAAUGGAACAUUAGGGAAGUAUGGAGCAGAAGUGAAAUUACGGCGCCAGUUAGAGAAACACAUCUCUCUCCAAAAAAUUAAUACACGUCUAGGCCAGGGUGUGCCUGUGGUUGCUCUCAUCGUCGAAGGAGGUCCUAAUGUCAUCACAAUAGUACUGGAAUGUUUACGGGAAGAACCUCCUGUCCCUGUGGUGGUUUGCGACGGUAGUGGCCGAGCCUCAGAUAUAAUGUCUUUUGCACAUAAGUAUUCUGAGGAAGGAGGGAUAAUUAGCGAAUCCCUCCGUGACCAGCUUCUGGUUACCAUUCAGAAAACUUUUAACUACAGUCGCAACCAGGCUCACCAAUUGUUAGUGGUUCUGAUGGAGUGCAUGAAGAAGAAGGAACUGAUCACAGUGUUCCGUAUGGGAUCAGAGGGUCAGCAGGAUAUUGAAAUGGCCAUCCUAACAGCUCUUCUAAAAGGAACAAAUGCCUCUGCUCCAGACCAGUUAAGCUUGGCAUUGGCCUGGAACCGUGUUGAUAUCGCACGCAGUCAGAUUUUCGUGUUUGGACAUCACUGGCCACCCUUAGGAAGCCUUACAGCAGCUGAUGGGACCACACAAGAUAAAGACAAGAAAUCACCUGCUGCUCAACCUAAAGCAACACGAGGAAAGGGCAAAGGUAAAAAGAAAGGCAAGGGCAAAGAAGAGCCAGCAGAAGAAACUGAUCCAAGGAAGAUUGAGCUACUUAAUUGGGUCAGUUCUUUAGAACAAGCCAUGAUGGAUGCCCUAGUCCUUGAUAGGGUAGAUUUUGUAAAGCUUUUGAUUGAAAAUGGUGUCAGCAUGCAGCGUUUUCUAACAAUCCCUCGCCUAGAAGAACUUUACAACACAAGGUUGGGGCCCCCAAAUACACUACAUUAUAUUGUAAGAGAUGUGAAAAAGGGUAAUCUUCCGCCUGAUUAUCAUGUCAGCUUGAUUGAUAUUGGUCUUGUGCUUGAAUACCUCAUGGGUGGGGCUUACCGUUGUCACUAUACAAGAAAAACCUUCCGAACCCUUUACAAUAACUUAUUUGGACCAAAGAGACCAAAAGCUCUUAAGCUUUUAGGAAUGGAGGACGAUGAGCCUCCUACUAAAGGGAAGAAAAAGAAGAAAAAAAAGGAAGAAGAAAUUGACAUGGAUGUGGAUGAUCCUGAGGUUAGCCGGUUCAAGUACCCAUUUCACGAGCUGAUGGUGUGGGCUGUGCUCCUGAAAAGGCAAAAGAUGGCUCUGUUUCUAUGGCAACGAGGGGAGGAAACUAUGGCUAAAGCACUUGUGGCAUGCAAGCUAUACAAAUCAAUGGCACAUGAAUCGUCAGAGAGUGAACUUGUAGAUGACAUCUCCCAGGAUUUAGACAACAACUCAAAGGAUUUUGGCCAGCUGGCUUUGGAGCUGUUGGACCAGUCUUACAAACAUGACGAGCAGGUUGCCAUGAAACUCUUAACCUAUGAGCUAAAGAACUGGAGCAACUCCACCUGUUUAAAGCUUGCAGUGGCUGCCAAACACAGAGACUUCAUAGCACACACAUGCAGCCAGAUGUUACUUACUGAUAUGUGGAUGGGACGCCUUCGCAUGAGGAAAAAUCCUGGCCUUAAAGUAAUCAUGGGAAUUCUUUUCCCACCAACCAUCCUGUUUCUUGAGUUCCGAUCCCAGGAUGACCUUUCUUUUCACACUUCCAAAGAAUAUGAAGAAGGCAAGGAAAAGGAAGAUGAAAACAUGGAUGGAAAUGCAGACACAACUUCUAGAAAAGGAGAUGAAGAAAAUGGCAACAGAAAGCAGAAAAGCAUUCCAAUAGGCACCAAGAUUUAUGAGUUCUACAAUGCACCAAUUGUAAAAUUCUGGUUCUACACCAUUUCCUACUUGGCAUAUUUAAUGCUAUUUAACUAUGUCAUCCUGGUGAAGAUGGAGAGGUGGCCUUCAGUCCAAGAAUGGGUAGUAAUUUCCUAUAUUGUGACACUUGCACUGGAAAAAGUUAGAGAGAUUCUAAUGUCUGAACCAGGAAAGCUAAGCCAAAAAGUGAAAGUCUGGCUCCAGGAAUAUUGGAAUAUAACUGAUCUUGUGGCCAUUUCUGUAUUUCUAAUUGGCGCUAUUCUGCGACUGCAAAAUCAGCCAUAUAUGGGAUAUGGAAGAGUCAUUUACUGUGUAGAUAUAAUCUUUUGGUAUAUUCGUGUACUGGAUAUUUUUGGUGUCAACAAAUACUUGGGACCCUAUGUCAUGAUGAUUGGAAAAAUGAUGAUUGACAUGCUGUAUUUUGUGAUCAUUAUGCUGGUGGUGCUGAUGAGCUUUGGUGUAGCACGACAGGCAAUCCUGCACCCAGAUGAAGAGCCAUCAUGGAGACUUGCCCGGAACAUCUUUUACAUGCCUUAUUGGAUGAUCUAUGGAGAAGUGUUUGCAGACCAGAUAGACCUGUAUGCAAUGGAGAUUAAUCCACCCUGUGGUGAAAACCUAUACGAUGAAGAUGGAAAACGCCUUCCCCCAUGUAUCCCUGGUGCAUGGUUAACUCCAGCACUCAUGGCAUGUUAUCUUCUGGUAGCAAAUAUUCUUCUAGUAAACCUUCUAAUAGCAGUGUUCAACAAUACAUUUUUUGAAGUAAAGUCUAUUUCGAACCAAGUGUGGAAAUUCCAGCGUUAUCAGCUAAUCAUGACCUUUCAUGACCGCCCAGUUCUGCCACCUCCCAUGAUAAUCUUCAGCCACCUCUAUAUCAUUUUGAAGCGUAUUUGCUGUCGUUGUAAGAAGAUACAGGAAGGAGAUCAGGAUGAACGUGACAGAGGCCUGAAGUUGUUUCUAAAUGAUGAAGAACUGAAGAAACUGUACGAAUUUGAGGAACAAUGUGUUGAGGAAUAUUUCCAGGAGAAAGAAGAUGAACAGCAGUCUUCCAAUGAUGAACGGAUCAGAGUCACUUCAGAAAGAGUUGAAAAUAUGUCUAUGAGGUUAGAAGAAGUCAAUGAAAGGGAACACUUCAUGAAGGCUUCUCUGCAAACUGUUGAUCUUCGACUCUCUCAACUAGAAGAGCUUUCGGGAAGAAUGGUAAAUGCUCUAGAAAGACUUGCUGGUAUUGAUAAGUCAGAGCUGAUUAAUGAACGCUCCCGUGCUUCCUCUGUGUGUGAUGCAGCUUUUCUCCUCCGACAAGGCAGUGUAAACAGCUCUGAUGGAACCAGUGUAUACAAAUACCAUGUAGAAACAGAUGAAGUGACAUGUGAUGAAAGCACAGGUUCAAUUUCACCGGCUUUAGGGUUACGUAGAAAAGCCUAUUCAUUUGGUAUGAGGACUGAGAAAGGAGAACAAGAUAAUAAGGCACAGUUGGUACCAAGACAGGCAAGUCUUCGCUAUGCUUCAAGUGCUAAUGCAGUAGCAACAAAGGAUGCCAAUAAAGUCACUUUGGGAAUUGUUUCCAAAAGUUCAAGACCAAUUUCUUGCGUGGAUAUUUGGAUUCCAGAAUGUGACAAGAAAGAAACAAUUAAUGAAAGUCCGAGCACUCAGCAUUUAAGCCAAACAGAUAUUGUUACAAAUUGUCAGUCAGAAGGAGAAGUCACAGAAGUUUCUAAAUCAGAAUUUGCUAACUCUCAUUUGACUGUAGAAAGAACAAAGUUAGAAGCAACUAUUUCUUUUCCGCUGGAGAGAUCUAAAGCUAUGAAAUAUUAUUCAGGUCAGUCCUUUAAUACCUGCCAAACUACCAUGACAAAAUCUAGAAGUUUUGUCUUUACCGAAGGUGGAAAACUGGUGGGUGGUGUUAACAACUGGACUGAAUACAGCACAAUUAUAGAUCAAGUGUCUCCUACUUCACUGGAAGAGUGGACUGACCAGUGGAAUAACCAAGGAGACUCCCCCAGAAAGCAGAGCCCUGAGCUUGCAACUAUUAUAUCAGAAGCUGAGAUUCAAGCAGAAUUAAAGCCUUUAUUAACAGACACCGAAGAUGACAGUGAUAUUGGAGAAACAGGAAACAGUGCCUCGUAUCCUUGUACUGAAAGGACAGAAACUAAAAACUUACUGUCUGUGCAAUUAGACAGGACUUGUGGAUUUUCUUCCCCAAGGUCAAAAAGUUUACAUAGCCACACAGGAAAGUCCCGAUCCUUAAUAGAUAAGCUCGAGAGGCCUGGUCAUGCCAGUAGUGUUAUGAACAUUGUGGUGGCGUGUGGUAGUGUAACAGAGGACACAAAAAUAAAACAAGAAAAUGCCUCCACAGAAACAGAAUGUUAAUAUUGGCAAGAUCAUAAUUUAAAUAAACAAACCAGAGAAAAUUUUUAGUGCUUCGUCUGUAUAUAAAUUAAAACUUAGCU